GCGCGCGGCUCGGGACCAGCGGGAGAAGGAGCGGCGGCGAAGCGGUACCGGCGGCGGCUGCAUGUGCGGGUGCGGAGCGGAGUGGGCGGCGCGGGGCCGAGCGGGGCGGCGCGGCCGGAGCUGGAGCCGGGCGAGCGGCAGCUCUUGCUCUCAGCUGAGAUUUACAGUGAAACCCAAAGGAUUUAACUUUCUAGCCCUGAGCAAACACAGCUUGAAGUGAUGCAAAUGCAUGACCUGACCCAAAUCUCAGGAACAGACCAGCGAGACAGCUGGGUUCAGUGAAAUUAGGAAGCUCAAGUUCUUGUAGCAGAGGGGGCAACUGGAAAAGCUCAGAUGUCUGUUUCAAAGUCCAUGCAGUCAGUCCAAGAUGUCCUGCCUCAGUCUGCUGCCCUGUCUCUGCUCCCUGGCUGCGUUCAACAUCAGUGCUGAUGGUUCAGGCGUGGGGCAGCCCCGACACUGAAAUCCUGGCUUGAAAUCCCUCUGAAUGUGUAGCAAAGCAAUCAAUCUGGAGGCGUUUCUCUCAAUAAAGGUCGAGUCGGGAACACGCAGGCGUUUCUGAGCUCCUAUGUGCCAGCACUGAGUUUGGAUGAUAGGAUGGGAGAUACCGGGUGCGACCAGAGCAUGGUUUUAAACUGUGAAUGAACUCUGAAAUAAUAGCAAAUUUGAAGCAAGCCCAUGUUUUGGGCCAGGCUGGCCGUGAAUCAGCUUUGGAAAAAAUGAAAGAUGAAACUUUCUGACUUCAGCUCAAGUUAUGAACUUAUACACUCCCAAUUAUCCGAUUAACUGGAGGCAAGCCAGAGAAAAACAUAUUUCGAGGCAGGCGUAUGGGGUGGCUUCCUGAAAGUGAACUCAUUCAAAAAGGCGUGAUUUGGAGACAAGAAGUUAUGCUUAAAAUCUGGUGUUUUAAGAACUGGGUUAAUCCUACAUGCAGUUAGCAUGCCAUGGGUUCCUGAGCUCCUCUUGAGCAUCCUCUGUCCCAUUGCUCUUUGCUAAAAUGCAUGGGAACAAUAAAACACACAAAAAAAGUUGAGAAGAUAUAUCUCUUUUUAAGCCCGUCUGGGUGAUGGCUUAAAUGAGAGCCAUUAGGGCAGCCUAAGGCCUGAUCUUGUUUUUUUCAUUGAACACUUAACAGAGUGCCUGGUUCCCCUCUAAAAUACUAAUUUCUAUUUUAAAAAUUGCUGUGUAGUCCCCAGAACUGUUUUCUGACAUAUACUCUGAUUUUAUUCAUAGUUCCUGACUUGGGGUCAAUUCUUUCUUUUGCAUAUUUUAAGGUAAAAAUUGUGUAUGUCUCUCUAAUGCAAAACUGAAAGGAAUUGGAGAAACACAUUCAAGGAGGGGGAAAUUGACUUUUGCACGCUUAGAAAGCAAAAUGUCUUCAGUAGGUUGGUUACUAGGAAAAAAUUUCUUCUCAGAAGGAGUGAUGAGGCAUUGGAACAGGCUGCCAGGGAGGUGGUAUAGUCAUUGUCCAGGGAGGUUUCCAAGAAAAGAGUAGGUUUGGCACUGAAGGACAUGGUUUGGUGGGCAUGGUGGGAUGGGUUGACAGAUGGACUGGAUGAUCUUAGUGGUCUUUUCCAAUCUCAGUUACGCUCCAUGGAUGAGAUUGGUGGGAUGGAUUUGGAAUUGGGACAAGAACAAACUUGGUGAUGGUCUCCUGUGCUUCUUUGACUGUCUUAGCUUUCGAAGAGGGACAUUGCGCACACAGCUUGGCAGCAGUUCUUCCCGUGAGCUGUCAGAAGUGCUACCAGAGAAUUUUUUGAGUUCUGUUUGUUUUAGUCAAGUGGACGGGUCAAGGAUGGGUUUUAUUGGUUCCUGGGUAUCAAAGGGAUGCACCUCUCAUACUAUCUGCUGGGAAUUGCCCCCCUCCUUGGGGCUGUGGCUGCAAGCUGGGAGGAUUGCCAGGGUGUGCUGUGGGUGAGAAGAUGGUAUCACCACACCACUGCUGGUGGCCCUGGUGUCUGUCCCCUCUCUGUGUUUCCAAUGCUGAGGGGUAUGCUUUGCAACAGGAGGGUCAUUUGAAAUAGUGUUUGGGGACCUUAGAAAAAUCAAUUUGCAAAAGCCUUGACUUGCUUUGAGUUGAGCCCAGGAGUCAAGCACAGCCUGCAUUGGCAAGAGCUGGAGAUCCAAAGUCCCCGAAGUCUUUUUGGUGUCACUGCUGGGCAGAGCAAAUGCAGCCCAUGGGUAAUGCUUGGGGGAACUCCUUUUACUGUGUUUCUAGUAAAUGCCUGCAAAGGCCUUGCUAAUGUCUGUAGAGAGGAUGUGUUCCAGCUGAUUGAGAGUGCCAUUUGCAGUAGAUUUGGAAAUGGAAUGGGGAGGGUUCUUUUCAAGCAGCUGAUAAAAUUGCUGGGGAGCGUGAGUUUCAUGUCAUGCUGGUGUCUUCAAUUAGCACUCAUUUAGCAUCCCUUGGCUGCUUGUCCCUGCCUCAUGCUGCCCACUGUGCUGUGCCAGGGUGAUUGCAGAUGGGCUGGGAUUGGCUUCAGCUGAAAAUAAUGCUUUUUUUUUAUUCCAGUCCCCAGUGUAGGAUCGAGCUCUUGGGUGCAGUUGCCCAACCAGCAAGAGCUCAUAAGAAGUUCUGGGUUCUACGGGGAUGGAGGAAAACCCCAGUUUUGCUGUCAGCUUUUCAGUGCUCUCAUGUUGAUGGGGUUGAACCAAGCUAGGAUUUCAGCUGACUUCUUGCUGGAGCAGAUGAGCCCCAUGUGCUGUAGCUAAUGGGACACCUUUGGUCUCCCCGCACCCAGGCUGGACCACGGGGACAGCCCAUCCCUGGGCUGGUUUUACUCUUAGUUCUCAUGUGCCAAAUCUGCAGGAUAAAUUUGCCAAGUAGCAAGACGUCCUUUCUGCUGGCUGCUCUAAGUACUCUAUGCACAACUCCUGUAGGGCAAAGUAAUGUGCUUUUUUUGCUGAGAUAGUUAAAAUUGUAUGGAUUUCAUCACAGGGCCAGGUAUAUUAAUAGGCAUGCCCUCAUUUAGUUGCACUGAGUUUGUAAAGGAGGAACUGAACAGCAUUAAGCGCUGGGUAUUUCUGCAUGGUCCCCAGAGAUUUUCCCAAUGUUAUAUUUUCUGUUUGCUGUAGCUGGGCUCUUUAGGAAGCAGCAGAAAAUAGAGGUGGAGAGAAAUGCAGGUGCAAUAGGGAGAAUUGGGAAGGGCUGUUUGUCCGCCCGCCUGAAACCAUCUCGUGUCCCUCUAACCCCAAAGCAGAGAAACCACUCCUCAAUGACUUCUGCUUUUCUAAGGAGGAAGGGGUGAUGGGGAUGCCCAGCCCAACCUACAACAGGGUGUGUGCCAGAAAGCACUGAGGUGAGCCUGAAAAUAAAUAUUUGCUAUUUUCAUCAUCAUGACUGAUGAAUUUACAGUCACAGCUUAAUUGAUGCAAGCCGGGGAAGCUCAUUCACUUUCAGCCUGGUUAGAGCCUGCUCCAGCACAGCAGGGGUGGCCGGGAAAUGCCACCCACGCCGAGGUGUCAAGAUGUCACUGAAACGAUGGGGAGCGGAGCAGCUUGCGUGUCUCCAGUCCAUCAAAACCUCCCCCGCGGGGCUGGGAAGGAUGUGCAGAGCACAGAUGAAAUGCAGAGUCCUGCCUGUCCCAUCCCUGCCAGAUCCGGCUGUAGGAGCUGGGGAAGGUUUCCUGCUGAGCAGGGUGGGGAAGCUUUGCAUCUCAGCCUUGAUUUAAUUUUCAGGUGAUAGAAGUGUUUGCUUCUCUGCCUGGCACGUCUGAGCAGCCAGCACGUCCAAACACUUCCCUUUCUGUAGGGAAUUUGCAUUUCCCUAUAAACAGCACCGGUUUUAUGCAAAUAUCCUAAUGAAAGAAAGCCAAAGAGUGCUUCUGAUAAAGUGUUCUUGGGCAAUUCUGGAGAAAUCAGGUGCUCACUUAUAAGCCAUGUACUGCCAUCCAUGGGCUCCUCCAGCCUUAAAAUGGCUGUGUGAUGAUCACUUCACCUCUGCGUAGUCCUAGAAGUCUGGAAAGGUGCAGUGUCCUGCUGCUGGGUUUGCUUUCCCUUGGUGCACCAUUCCUAUGGGGUGUGUGUUGUGGUUUAACACGACAGGUGCCUCAGCACCACACAGUUGUUCUCUUCCCAGUGAGAUGGGGGAGAGAAUUGGAGAAAAGAGAAGUAGAACUCAUGGGUUGAGAUAAAGCUAAUUACUAAGAAAGAUAAAAGGAAAAGGAUAAUAGUUACAGUAACGUAUAUAUAUAAAUGUAUGUAACAAGUGACACACAAGUAAUUGCUCACCAUGCCCCAGCCAAGGCUCAGCUAGCUUCCCCAGCAGCAGGAGAGAGGGUGAUGAACCCCCACCCCCUUCAAAACUCCUUCCACGUGAUGUCAUAUAGUAUGGAAUACCCCUUUGGCCAGUUUAAGUCAGCUGUCCUAAUUCUGUUCCCUCCCAGCUCCUUGGGCCCUUCGCUGAUAAAGGCUUUGGCUCAGUGCAACACUGCUUAGCAGCAACUGUAAACAUUGGUGUGUUAUCAGCAUUGUUUUUUCCCUAGAAUCAAAACACAGCAUCAUCACAGUCUGAAGAAAAAUCCAUCCCAAGUGAAACUAAGACAGUGUGGCAUCCCCGCUUGUUGCAGUGUUCACAUGAUGCUCUGUAGCAUAAAGCUUUGUUGCUGUAGGCAAAGGGUUUCUGAGCUGUAAACCUUUAAUCUCUUCUUUCCUCCCCUUCCUGCCGUUCCCUUGAAGACGUCAUACUUCUUCAGUGCUCUCCAAAAUCACCUGGACACAGUCCAUUGCAGCCAGCUGUGCAGUGCUGCACAACAUCCUCCUUGCUUUCUCUGCCUGGAUGGGAAGUUGGUGGGCAGCAGCAUCCUGUAGAGUUCCUGGUGUCUCCUAUUCAGAGCAGGCUUUUUUUGCUCAUGUGAAUCAUUUGCUGGCUUUUAUGAAGGCCAGGCUGGAUGGGGCCCUGGGCAGCCUGAUCUAGUGCUUGAUCUAGCAGUUGGCAACUGUGCCCACAGCAGGAGGGUUAAAUCUGGAUGAUGUUUCUUUUCCCUUCCAACAUGAGCCGUUCUGUGAUUCUGUGAUGAGGGUACUGCUCAAGCUGGGUGCUGCUCUUGCAGAUUUUCAACACCCCAAUGCACAUGGCUGGUUGAUGAUCUGAGAGGUUGGUUGCCCUGUCAGUGAGUGGUUAUGUCUCCAUGUGUUUGGUGAUGAAUACAUGUAGCUCAGCAAAACAUCUCCCUUCUGGAGCACCAUCUCCUUUCUCUCUCAGGCUAUUUCUUCCAAAGCAAUGCUUGAUCCUGCCUCCUCCUUCCAGUUUCAUUCCCCAUCUCCCUGGUGGAUAGGAUGUCAAGGGCAGCUGUGACUUUCAUCAUUUUGUUCCCUUUGAUCUUUUAUUUGAAAGAAAACCACCUUUAUUUGCUCUGCAAGCUCUGAUGGGUAGGGGAGGCUGGCACAGCAUCUCUCAAUGCCGGGCUUUUGCGCAAGAGUAGCUGCGGGUCAGCACAAAGCCCUGCUGGGUUUUGUCCCUGCUCAUCAGAAAACUGGCAGGUCAGAGGCACUCACAAGCCCAACUUUUGUCCCCAGAGCAUUGUCUUCGUGGCAUGUUUGCAGAGCAAUGUCCCAGGAUGACCGAGGAGCUUUUGCUGUGGCUUUUUGCUAGAGCUAAGGCUUCUGGAUGGGCUUUUCAGAGGAAACUCUUGUUAUUUGUUCUCCACAUGAUGUGGGCUUGGGGUCCCAAAGCAUAAACCACACAUCAAAAGUGGAAGGGCUGUUAAGAGGAGCAGUUUCUGCUGCGUGGUGGCAACAGUCAAGGCUGGUGAGGAUGAGGAGGAGCUAUCUCAGGGUUUUCCACGCAGCACCAUCCUUAUAGGCUGGUGGUUGCUUUGAAGAGUGCUUUGGUGCCCAGCAGGAGGGAGAGGACUCAUUGCAUUGCCAGCAGCCAGAAGCCUGUCUCAGCGCGUGUCAGCCUGCCUGGCAGCCUUUCAGUAUCUAAAGGGGUGCUAUAAGAAAGAAGGGGACAGAUUCUUGAGCAGGGGCUGUUGCGAUAAAACAAGGGGAAAUGGGCUGAAACUGAAGGAGAGAAGAUUUAAAUCGUUAAUACAAGAAGGGUGGUGAGGCACUGGAACAGGUUGCCCAGAGAGGUGGUGGAUGUUCCAUCCUUCAAGACAUUCGUGGUCAGGUUGUACAGGAGUCUGAGCAACCUGAUGGAACUGUAGGUGUCCCUGUUCAUUGCAGGGAAGUUGGACUAGAUGACCUUUAAUGGUCCCUUCCAGCACAAAGGGUUCUAUGGUUCGUGGGGAGAAACAUGUAGACCCAACCCUGGAGAACAUCCUGGAUUGCAAACAUUUGGGAGGACAGCCACCAAGAGCACGUGCUCUGGAUGAUGGAUGUAAUUUAAAGAUGGGGUAGGAACUAUGAACUGUCUCUCAACCUGGUGCCACUUGGGGCUGCUUUUCUUCAGUGUCUGACUUCUCUGAGCAGUCUGGCUUGGUGCCACCGGAGAAUCUCUCUCCAUAGAACUUAUCACAAAACACUCCAGCAGAGCAUGUUUUCCCAUGUUCCAUAUUGCCGUCCUCAACAUAUCACAGGACAGCGUGUACUUUGAACGCUGCCCGCAGAUCGAAAUCCACCUGUUGAGUAGGUUGAGUCCCCGUUUUUGUCAACAAAUGUCCAUCAAAGCCGCCGACAGCUGUUUGGCGAUGAGGUUGUGCAAGGCUCGCUGCUGAUGCAAAAAAAGAUGACCGGUGCCCUUUUGUUCAGAGCUGCUCUGCUGUCACUGGCUUGCCAAAAUGGUAAGACCAAGUGGUGAGAGCACAUACGCAACAGGGUCCCACCACUAAGUGGGGACAUGUGAAUCAUAGAGUCAUUAAGGUUGGAAAGACCACUGAGAUCAUGUAGUCCGACUGUUGACCUAUCACCACCAUGGCCAUUAAACCAUGUCCCUGAGUAUAAUAUCUCUACAUUUAUUGAACACCUCCAGGGACAGUGACUCCACCACCUCCCUGGGCAGCUUGUUGCAAUGUAUUACCACUCUUUCUGAGAAGAAAUUUUUCCUAAUAUCCAACCUGAAGCUCACCUGGAAAAACUUAAGGGCAUUACCUCUGAUUGUUCUCUGAUUCCUGCCCUUCCCCAUGGGGACAGUAGCUGCCUAUGUUUCUUAUGCUUCCCCAGUAAGGGGCAUUACUCCCCUCAUGUCUUGCCCUUCGGGCACCUGCCACAAGUAUGAAACUUGUACAAAACACUGCAAGAAACCACAAGAACAGAGGUCAGAUGUUCAGCCACGCUGGGUAUUUGGGGUUGGAGAGGCACCAGGGUUGAGGUGCUCGAGGGAGAUGGCUUGUGCCCCUGCAUGUGCUGGGGGCAGGAAUGAUGCUUCAGAUUUUAUCUUUCCACAGAUUCUUAUGGGUGAGGCAGGAAGCUUGGAAAUGUCCCAUCAUUGGAAUUUUUCUGAUUCCUGUCACCAAAAGAAAUCCCUGAAGGAGCCUCGCUUUCCACCGGGAUUUAUGGAGGUGCUGAGAAGCAGCUUUGAGCUCUGCAGCCCCCGGACACCUCGCCUCGCCCGGCAUCCCGACCUUCGGAUUUAACCAUUCAAGGCUCCCGUGCAUGGAUUGCCCGAGCCAGGCACCGCUGCCGGCCGCCGCCGCCCCGUAGGCUCCCGGCCCCCCUUGCCACCCCCAAGUACUCCACAUACCCCGAUGGGGUAACGUGACGGGGCCACCACCGUGCCACCACCAUCCCCAUAUGCAGAGGCCUUUCUAGAGCGCAGCACCGGAGGCGACAGCCGCUCGCCAUUGCACACGCCGAGGACACCGACACUACAACAAAGGGAUUUUUUUUCUUUUUUUUUUUUUUGUAAUUAUUAUUAUUAUUAUUAUCAUUAAUAUUAUUAUUACUGUUUGGCUUUCAACCCGGGGGCUUGCGGUGUGUCGAGGAAGCCAGCGCGCUCCCAGGAGCUGGGAUUAUUUGCACAACGUUUGUACAUUGAGUUCUCCAUUCUCUUCUGUUAUUUUUUUUUUUUUUAAGUGCAGAGAGGGGUGUUGGUUUUUGUUUUCCCCUCUGCAGCACUUUUUUCUUGGGUUUUCCCAUCAUCAGCAUCACCUCAGCAUCAUCCUUCUCUUGUCCCACCAUGGCCCGGAUGAACCGCCCUGCGCCGGUGGAGGUCUGCUACAAAAACAUGAGGUUCCUCAUCACCCACAACCCCACCAAUGCCACGCUGAGCACCUUCUUGGAGGAUCUGAAGAAGUAUGGUGCCACCACAGUUGUGCGAGUGUGCGAAGUGACCUACGACAAGACCCCCCUGGAGAAGGAUGGCAUCACUGUCAUGGAUUGGCCAUUUGAUGAUGGAGCACCACCUCCCAGCAAGAUAGUGGAAGAUUGGCUCAACUUACUGAAGACAAAGUUCUGCGAAGACCCCGGCUGCUGCGUGGCCGUGCACUGUGUGGCCGGAUUGGGGCGUGCUCCCGUCCUCGUUGCCCUGGCUUUGAUUGAGAGUGGGAUGAAGUAUGAAGACGCCAUCCAGUUCAUCAGACAGAAGCGCAGAGGAGCCAUCAACAGCAAGCAGCUGACAUACUUGGAGAAAUACCGACCAAAGCAGAGACUCCGGUUUAAGGACCCUCAUAACCACAAGAACAAAUGCUGCAUCAUGUAACCUCAAUGACCUCUUGCCAAAAUUUGUGCACACAGACACCCGGGCACUCGCACAUAUCUCCCCUGUCUCUUCCCAGCCCCGUGCACCCCCACGCACUGCCCCGUUCGUGGACCCCACUGCUGGGGGCUGGGGAGACGGGGGGGGACACGGAGCACCGCCAAUGUGUCCCGGCACCUGGAGCGCACUUGCCUUGCUGAAUCCCCAGGAAAGGAUGCUCAGUCCAGCUGCAGCCCCAAAGAGGGAAGGCAGUGCUGCCCUUUGACUCUUGACAUUAGCAGGCAGUGAGUUCAUGUGCCGGUUCUUUUUGUCGCCUUCCUUCUCCUCUUCCUCUUCCCCUUCCCUUCCUGUUGCACUGAGAUCAAGUCCGGCACAAGGAGAGUGCGCACAGGGGCACUUGUUAUGGGGGUGAUGGAGGUAGGGCUGUGCCAGCCAUGGAGAGGUGGGGAGCAGGAAAGCUGGGGUACCCACAGAAAAAAACCCUUUCCCACCUCUUUGCCCCCAGAAAGGGCUGCAGCCCUCCAGGGUAUGGAGGUGGGGAUGGCUCAGUGACCUCCUGGGGAGGUGGAUGGUGAUGGCAAGGAGAGGAAAGGGGUUCAUAGCAUGGUGGCUGUGGGAACGGCUGAGCUAAGUGUCCCCCAGCGCUGUCCCCUUUCUCCUGCCCCCUUUCCAUCACCAUCUCCCCAUGGGGUUUGCAGGGGGCUCACUGCCCCUCCAGGCCCUGCAGGUGUACAGCAACGGCAUCAGAAAAUUUGGGGAUGAUGGCAGGGCUUUGAGGUACCCAGCUUUCAGGGGUGCAGGGUCAACACUGGGUCCUGCCAAGUGCUGGAUGCUCUUAUUUAUGGCUUCCAAACUCAAUGCACGGAGUGAUGGUUUCUCUCCCACCAUGUCCCCUCUGCUGAGCUUGCAGUGAUGCAGUGGGACUGAGCUCAUGCUCAGCAUCUUUGCCAUUGCAUCCCCAAGCCACGGCGCAAACCCAAGUUCUGGCUCUGAUGCCCAGUGAACACAAAGUGCAUUUUGGGGCAUGUCCACAUCCUCCAUCACUAUGUUUCCUGGCCAAGGAGCUGGGUGCAGCUUUCCUGGGGGAUUUUGGGUGCUCCUGGAAAGAGCACAUCACCAAAUUUUGCACCUGCCUUUGGUCCCUUUCUGUUGGCAUCUGCAAUGUACGUGACAGCUGGCACCCCAGAACCUCACCGGUAUGUGCCAUGGGGUGGAUACAGAGCUGCCCCUGAGCCAGGACGGGAAACAUCUCUCAACUUUCUGCCUUUGAAUGCUUGCAGCAGCGGGAGCAGUGGGCACGUAGGGGGCACAGGUGUGGUUUUUCUUUUGAUGAGGGUAAGAAGAAAUUUGCUAAUUAAAGGAAAAAAGAAAAAAAAAAACUGUUUUUGUCUUCCGCACGUCCUCUGGCCUUUAUUUCUCCCAUUGCUGCCCUGUAGAGCCCAGGAGGUGACUUUCAGCCCUCCGGACUGAUCCCCAGCACUAUCACCACGACAUUCAUGUGGCCCAAGUAAUGUCCCGUAUAUCCUAUGGGCUCACUGUCACUCACCCAUCAGCUGCAGAGUCACAGAUGUUUGGGCAAGGUGAGGUAGUCACCCAGCAUCUGUGGUUGGGGGCUGCCCAACUUGAGAUGCCUUCAGUGCCCUGUGUUGGGUGUCUCCAGAGCUUUGUGUGCCUUCUGAAAUGCAGACUAUCCAGAAACAGUUCGAAGGGCUCAUUUCUUGGGGUAAAUGUUGAGGAAGUUGCGCUGAGGAUGAGCUUGGAACCCUUUCCAAAGAGCUAGACCCACUGUACAGCAGGUAUGACCACAUCAGGGGAAAUUGAUGGUACCAAGCAAGGUGGACCUGUUAUACCAAGCUGUUACACCAAGCCCUGCAUAGUGGGGCUGCCCAAGAUCCCUUGAGUUUCCGCUGCCCCAUUUCACGCUGUUGAUUCCCAUGUUUCAUGGGGAAGGCAGUGAUGGCUGUAGGGUCUGCUCUGUGGGGAAAAGUGAUCAAUUGAGCUGAUCAAAAGGCCUGAUCCUGUAUUAAAGCAAUCUCUUGGGGUGGGCCAUCCUCCCCUUCCUUCCCUAUCAUGCCCUGCUGCUAAAAUAGGUGCUGUGGCUGCUGCUUCGUCCCCACGGGUUUUGGGAAGUGGCUUGGCAUUGUGACUGAGACAACCCCAAUUCCUCUUAGAGACCUAUGGAGGGUUUAGGAUGAAGUGAUGGGAACCACCAUAGAGGUAUUUCUGCCCUGACAAACAGAGAAAUGUUGUAUGUCUAAGCUUGUUUGGGGGUCACUAUGGGACGGGCUUUGCAGUGCUUCUUCACUUCAUGUAGCAUCAACCCAACCACCUUAAAAAUAGGGAACUCCUCGUGUAAGAGCAGUCCUUGACCUGGAAAAAUCCAUGUGGCCAAAUCUUGAGCACCUCUGGCUAGCAGAGCAGUGUCUUGAUGUCCUUCAGUUUUGUGAGUCACUGCAGAAGAAACCAUGCUGCUUUAAUUGCCCUAUUUCUUUUCCUUUUUUUUAUUUUUUAUUUUUUUAUUUUUUAUUUUUUUCUCUAGUGGAUGUUUCCUCCUGUCAUGGAACUUUCUGUCACCUCCCACGUGCUGCUCUGUGGACAGGUCACCUCAGCAGCUCAGGAGCUGCCAACCUUGCACAGAGGGUUUUAACUCUCUCUGAGGUUUCUCUGUGUUGGACUGCCAAAUAUUUGGAAUUUUUUUUAAUAGAGACUUGGGCUCCUUCCUCCGAAGUAGCAGUCCCUCAACAUUUCAGCCUAUGGUCAGUUACAGAAACACAACAGGGUGGGGAAAUGAAGAGUAUCCCAACUGGGUUAGAAAUCUCAAGCCAAUUCCUUGAUGUAAGUCUUGAGAUGGUAAUAGGGAAGGCUGGAGCUUAGUAGAUGCAGAGCACAUGAGCAUGUCCUGAGUGACCAAGGGCUUAUAGCUCGGCUGAUUGUGCAGUCUCUUCUUUAUUCUAAUUCCUGUUUCAUCUCAGAUGCCAGAACGUGUUGAAAGAAGAGAUGUAAAAAAUCUGCUACAUUUGCCUGUUUUGUCAUGGCUCCAGUUGUCUUCAUCAGGUCUUGCAGAAGUCAUAGAGAAUGAACACCUCCAUGGCUUUGGCUGUGAACAAACCACCUAAUCCUGCCCUUACCCUCAGAAGCAAAGGCACAAACUGGGUUUCAUCCCUCCUACCCCUAUCCAUCUCCUUCCCCUCUUCCAUGGAAACCCUCCAUCAUUCCAUCAGUAAGUCAUGGCUGAACAUCACAUGGGGGAUAAAUCUGAGCAGCAAUUUGUGAUCGUGUCCUCUUGUGGUGUUACAGGUGUGCCUCUCUGCAUUUUGGUUUUGCAUGCCCCUCGUGUUCUCCAUGUUUGCCGGUCUGAUGAUGGAAUGCACGGUGGGAGCAGUGGUUGAAAGGAGAACACCACGGCCAUCACAAAUCCUUUAUUUAAGAAAAGUCUGGUGGCAGACUUUGCAUUUGCAGAUAUUUAUUAUGGGUCUUGUAGUAAGGCUGACACUGUGGUGCUUGAGCUGAGAGCUUCAGAUGAGGAUGUUUAUGAGCAACAGAUUUUCCGAGGAUGCAAAGCGAUUGUCUACAACAGAACGAGUCAAUUUAUUUUAUGUUGUUUUUCUUGAGUUUGUUUCUUUUUGUUACUAGUCCCAGUGGGGAAGUGCACAGGGAGAUUCGUGACUUCCAUGCAGUUUCCAGGGUCUUAUAUCUCGUUUGCUUCCAUCAGGUUGGGUAGGCAGGGUUUGGUGGAUGGGUUUGGAUGGGAUGCUGUCUGGUGGGAGAGAAACACAGUCAAUUUCUUUGCAUGAUGGGGGUCAUGGGGGGGCUGCAGUCCCCCUCACAGACACUAUCAGACAUUGAUGGGAAGGCAGACGUUUCUCCCCACUCAGCUUCCCUUCAGACGAUGAUCUCCAGAUGAACUCUCAACUUCCCAGCUGUUUCUUUCUGUGCAACAAAGAGCUGCAUAUUUUCCUUUUUAACUCUGUGGGCAAUCAUAGUAGAAUGUAGAUUAAGCCCAGAUGACUUUUUUUUUUGGUCUGAGCCAUAGCUUAAGUUAUUAUACCCAUUGCUUUUUGUAUCAGACAGCAUCACUUUGAAUAUGCAGGUGAGGUAUAGGAUCGUGACACUUUAUAACCUUUUUAAAAAGAAACAUGUCUGUUUACUUAUGUCUCGUGUAAAAAGGAAAAAAAAAAUGUAUGCCUUUUAGUAAUCACUUUUUUCUUUUUUUUUUCUUUUUUUUUUUUUUUUUGAGUUUUAUGAAAUUACAGUGGUUUCACUCCAGCAGCGGCGAAAUAAAAAGUGUUCACUCUUUUGUA